GCGCCCUUCCUAUUCACUCUGCCGUCCGAGUCGCUCCCACGGAACGAUAGAGGGGAAAUGGAAGUGCAGAGGAACGCCUCCAUUUGGAAUACUCGUCUGCUUACCCCUGCCCUUUCGUGAUAUGUGGAAGGAAAGGAAAUAUUUUUCGACGAUACAAAUUAUUUGGUUUCAUCGCAUAAACCUGGUCAUUGCACCCGCCUGUCAUGCUGAUGCGUAUCGGAUUCUCGCUCUCGUUGAGAACUUCGGUGACUGACGUUCGAACGAGGCACAAAGCGACUCCUUCUGAAACACGAUGCAUGGUGGCACAAGCUUUUACUUUUACCUUGCUGUGGUGGCGCUGAUCGGGCCUGUUCGUGUCUUUCACAUGAAGAAUAUUCUCACAUCGAUACUACUAUUUCACUUGUUGCUCGAGAACGAGUCGUACGACAAUCUUCAAAUCAAAGCUCUACCCUGGUCACAAUAGCUAGCAUAAAUAUGGUCACACGAUGCAAGAAUACAUGAAGUUACUUCCGAUACUUUUCUGUCACUCUCCCUGCUGCAAACUCUUCCGCAAUCACUUCCAUCGAUAGCAAAGAGCAAGUCCCAGACCUCCAUUUUGUUCCUUUCUCAGAAAGCCGUCACGACGACGAAAGAUUCACAGCCAUGGUUGCUAUGAACGACGCCCUUUUGGCAUGCCUCUUGAACGAGAAGUACGUUGACUUCUCGAUUAU